AUGAUGACUAGCUGCCCUCGUGAAUGGACUCGGUUUAUUCACCCUGGAUAUCGUCAUUUAAUUCCAUGGUGCAAACCUUUUCAAGGAAUUGUGGUGAAGAGAAGUUUGGUUACGCGGAUCAGAAAUCACUACGUCUAUUACUUUCCAUUUCCGCGAGUGUUUCCAUAUUUUUGCGAUAACUGUCAAACAAAUACACCGUCACUAGAAAUUAUCCAGAAUCACAAUUGCGUCAGACGUAAACCACGAGAUUUUGACCCUGAAAAUGAGCAAAAGAUUAUUACGCUUGGAUACAGAAGUAAAGCAAAAGACAGAUUGGCUGUCAUGGAAAGGCUGCCCAACCCGCAACAUUAUCAAGUUGUCUCGUAUCACUUUCACAACGAAGAUGAUCCAGUGAUUCGAGAGCAAUAUGUUCCAACACUUGCGGAAAUAUGCGUUAACCAAUCUUUGAGCUUACAAAAAAUUGAUGAAACGGUUGAUGAGCCUGAUGAAACGGUGAUAGACCUAGGAAAGUGUAAGAAUAAGGUAUCCGAACAUUGCAUGUGUCUCACAUGUGGACUUGAAUUUGAAACCGCUCCCGAGUACUUUGAACAUUUAUCGGUUGAGCCCGAGUGCCUCGAGAAUCGGCAAAACCCUCUACUUUUGACUCAAUGU